CGGCAGAGGAAACCUUGGCGCUAUUCGACGGAAUGCAUUGUUCUUGAGAAGAUUUUACGAAGCAAAAUGUAUUUUUGAGGAAGUUUGCCCCUCUAAUAACCUGAAUACCUAUCAAGUCGUGAAGGAAAUGUUUCAAUACGCGUGGUUAGAAUGUUAGCGAUCCCUGAAGAGCCCAGCGAAAUGAGACUCUGGGGGAGUCCCCCUCCAUUUAGUAAAGAUUCUUUUUUUGAUGAUUAUUCUACCCCUUCCUUCCUGGAAUAUGAUGUAGCUGCAGAAGUGGAAUGUGGUCAAGGGUUAGAGAUAGAGGAAGAUACAGACUGCUGGUACAGUGAAUCAACAUCGGCUACAUCUUCAGUCGAUUCUUCAGAAUAUAAUUCAGAUGAUGGAUUUAUAGACAUUGAGAGUGAAGAUGGAAAAAUCUCUUCUUUCUCAGGCUCAUAUCUAAAUAUUGCAGAGUUGGAGAGGAAAUGUAGAGAAUUAAAAGCAGUAGAGAACAGCUCACUCAAUUGGACAGGAAAUUGCAGUAGAAAAAGGAACCAAAGGAAUGGAGAUUCCAAGAAAAGCUCAUUAGUCGAUGAUAUUUUGGGGAGAAGCAAGCAGGAAAAUGAGAGAAGUUCAAGCUCCAAGUCAAGAAAUAAAUAUAUGUGUCCAUGCCAAAAAUUGAAAGAAUCCAUGGAGUUUGGCUUGAGUUGGAACAAAAUGUCAUCUGAUGACCAAGUCGAGGCAGUUGAAUGCUUGACAAGAGUGGCUUCCUUAACCAUGGGCCUCAGAGAACAAAUGGAAAUCAUCAGAAUUAUUAACCCUGAAGCAACAGUCCUUCCUACAGACACAGAAUUUGAAAUAGACCUAGACGCAUUCAAUGAUGCCAAAUUUCAAAGAAUACACAGAUACAUUAUAGACCAUCUGUCCAGGGAUUCGUGUCCUCUGUGUACAGAUUCACAAUCAGAAAUGUGUAGACAAAAUUCAAAUUUCACACACAGAAAGCACUUGAAGAGAAAACCUAGAGGAACUCUUAGCAUGAAAAGAAUUUCAAGAAAAUCCUCGAAACAUAAAGGAUUGUUAAAACGAGUUCAGCGACAAAUGUUAAAGGAGCAAAGAAGCGGCCUCUUUGAGAAUGAAGAGGUAAUUUCAUUGAGCUCAAGAACUAAAGAGGAAGCUAACGAUGUUGAAAUUGACAUACUUUGCUAAUUUUUUUGAAGUAACAAAAUGAAUAAACUUAAGUAACGCAUCCACUUUAUAAGUGUUGUUGCUUCAUGAAUUUUUUAUACUUUGUGGUUCCAUUCCCCUGUAGGACAUGUUCUUUCACGUAUGUCGGGGAAAGCAGAAGAAAUUGGAAAUCUCGGGGGGCCGAACACAAGCCCGGAACCAAUGGAAAUGCCAAUUCCGCAAUUAAACAGCAUGCGGAAACCG